UUGUUCGUCGUCUAUUAUUUCAAAAAUCAAUUGAUUGUCCAUCGAUGUUAACAAUUUUUAUAAAUUUUCCAAAUAUUAACACAAAAGUUAAAUCCUUACAAUGAACGAAAUAAAUGAAGAUCUACUUUUUUAUGUUAAACAUGGAGACAUAGAAGUCGUUAGAGAUUUAAUAAUUGAACAUGGCCUUCAGUAUUCCGAAGAACAUGGAUACUUUCUUCUUCUUAAAUCCAUCAAGCGAAACUAUAAAAAAAUUACUGAAAUACUUUUAAACGCAGGAUGCAAAGUAAACAUAGAGCAGAACAAAAGAAUAACUGCAAAUACACCUCUUCACUAUGCUAUCGAAAAUGGUGAUUUAAAACUUACGGAAACUCUCAUAGCUCUCGGUGCCGAUAUUGAUGCAGAUAAUGCAUGGGGCUUGUCUCCUCUCGUGCUCGCUAUUUUUAUGAAUAGAGAAGAAAUUGUUGAUCUACUAAUGACAAAAAUUACUAAUCUUAAUUAUACAUGCGAAAAUGGUAUAAGUCCUCUUCAUGCUGCAGUUCAAUAUGGUUCAAGCCGUGUAACUGAAAAACUUUUACAAAGUGGGGCACAUGUUAACAUAAUAUCAACUAAUAUAGAGGGUAAUACGCCUCUUCAUUAUGCCACUGUAUGUGGAGAUCUAACCACUGUUAAACUACUUUUGAAGAAUGGAGCAUGUGUUCAUUCGAAAACUGUAGAAGGACUUACACCUUUCCAUACUGCAUGUCAAAAUGGAAAUGUAAAAGUAAUCAAGUUGCUUUUAAGCAAAAAUGCUGAUAUAAAUUCUCGUACGUUAUGCAAUAUGUUUACCCCACUGUACUUUGCUAUUGAAAAUUCUCACAGAGAGGCUGCAAAAUUUUUAAUGGACCACGGAGCGAAAAUUAAUGAUAAAUCCGACAACAAAAAGACGGCACUUAGUUGUGCUGUUGAAAAAGGCUUAUCUUCGAUAGUCCAAGACGUUUUACAAUACUCUCCAGAUAUUAAUAACGCAAUCAAUAAAAACUCAUUUAUAAAAGCAGCAAGUAAACCGAACGAGAAAUAUUUACCAAUCGUUAAAAAUCUUAUGAUGUAUGGUUUUUCUGUUGAAGCUAAAGAUAUAAAUGAUUUUGUUUUGCUGCAAAAUGCUAUAAAAAUGGGUUAUAUAGAAAUUAUACAAGAUCUUAUCAAACACGGUCUUGAUUUAAAUUCUUUUAAAGAAGACAAUUUUCACAUUGCUGUUAAAAACAAACAAUUGCAAAUAGCAAAACUCUUGCUUAUGCAUGAACCUGAUGUCAAUGCAACUGACGAACAUGGAAAACCUCCGAUAUUUCAUGCAGUGCAAAAUUCUGACAUAGAUAUGUACAAACUUCUGCUACUCCAUGGAGCUAAUGUUUACAAAUGUCCUGAUUUGCUUAGAAUUGCAGUGAGAAGAGGAUGUAAGGAAAUUUUUGAUCAUCUAAUUGAAAACAAAGUUGACAUUGAAGCUUCGGAUGAGUUUGGUAGGACACCGUUGCACUUAACAGUGCCACACAAAUAUUCCGAAAAUGAUAAAAAUAUUCCCAAUUAUAAAGGCGAAAAUAAACUUCACCUGGUUCUGGCAAACCAGUCUUAUAUAAAUAAAACGACAGAAAUGGCUAAAAUACUUCUAAGAAUGGGUGCGAAUGUUAACGCUGCAACGUACAAAAAUAACUUAACUACUCUUCAUAUUGCCUGUGAGGAAGGACUUGCAAGUAUAAUUAAAGUUCUUUUAGAAUAUAAAGCUGAUGUGAAUUGUAUCAGUGUGAAUGGUACACCAUUGCAUUUUGCUGCUAAAAACGACAAUGAAUUUAUUAUUGAAAUGCUCUUAGCGAAGAAGGCAGACAUUGAUUUAAAAAAUAAAAAUGGUGAUACGGCUCUUCAUAUUGCUGCAGAAUACGAUAACACAAAAGUUUUGAAAACAUUGCUUAAAAAUGGUGCAGAUGUGGAUUCUAAGAACAUCAAACUUGUAACGCCCCUUCACGUUGCUGUACAAAAUACAAAAUUUGAAACAUUUUCCAUUCUCUUAGAGCACGGAGCUUGCAUUGAUGCAAAAGAUAUAGAUGGCAAUACUGUACUUCAUAAAGCUAUUAUUAUGGCCAAUAUUCAUGUAAUUGAAUCUAUUCUUGAUUUUGGAUCUGAUAUUAAUAUUUUGAAUACCAAUAAUCUCACACCUUUUCGUUUAGCAGAUGAUUUACGUUAUUCUGAUCGUGAUCGAUGUCUAAAAUACGAAAAUACAAAUUAUGAAUAUCUUUAUAAAGGUUUUUAUAAUAAUUCCACAAAUAUCGAAGCAUUUAAAAUGUUGCUGUUACACGCUAUUAAGUUCAAAGUUGCAAAAUUAUACGAUACAGAAGGCGACAACGAUUUAUAUUCAUAUUUAGAUGAAGAUUAUAAUGAUUUAUUGGAUUCACACGAAGAGAAAUGUACAAUAGAAAUAGUACAAUUAAAGCUCCAAAAUGUUUCAAGUAAAAAAUUAAAUUUUUAUGAUAUUUUGACAAAAAGUACACAUGCAAUGGUACGCUGGGCUAGGCAUGAAGAUGUUAUGGGAAUUUUAAAAUCAGAUGAUUAUAUAAACCAGUUUCCAAUAUAUGGUUCAAUGAUUAAAAGAAAAUUCAAAGAGGCUAUUCAUAGGCGCCAAUUGCUCGAGACUGCUUAUGGAGUUUUUAACUGUUAUUUUGGAAUUCCAUAUGAAUGUGCUGAUCAAAUUUUAUGUUCCUUGAGUAAUGCUGAUUUGCGGAAUUUUAUAAAUGCAUAAAAAUGCCUUAGACUUUAAGAACUUAAUACACUUGUAUUUUGCUUAAAAUAAUAUGUAUGAAAAUGUAUGUAUAGAAGGUACUUAUGAUA